GAAAAAAAGAGAGAAAAAAGAAGAUGGGAAGAGCUCCUUGUUGUGACAAAGCCAAUGUUAAGAAAGGGCCAUGGUCCCCUGAAGAAGAUGCAAAACUCAAGUCUUAUAUUGAGAAACAUGGAACUGGUGGCAACUGGAUUGCUUUGCCUCAAAAAAUUGUAGGCCUUAAGAGAUGUGGGAAAAGCUGUAGGUUGAGAUGGCUGAAUUAUCUUCGUCCAAAUAUUAAGCAUGGAGGUUUCUCUGAAGAAGAAGACAGAAUCAUUUGUAGUCUCUAUGUUAGUAUUGGAAGCAGGUGGUCUAUAAUUGCAGCACAAUUACCGGGAAGAACAGAUAAUGAUAUAAAGAAUUAUUGGAACACAAGGUUGAAGAAGAAGCUAUUUGGGAAGCAAAGAAAAGAUCAUCAUCAACAAGCAAUAACUCGUAGAGGAAAUGGGUUAAAGCAAAUGCAACAAAUGAAGAGAACAUCAUCAUCAUCAGAGAAUAACAACAACACAACAACAACAAUAACUCAUAUGGGUGAGAAUAAUAAUUCCAUAUUUUCAUUGAACAAUAUUCUUCCUUAUUGGCCUCAGCAGCAGCACCUCCCUUUACCACCUCACUACAACAACAACAACAAUUUGCCUCCCUUUGGGAAGCCAAUUGAAAAUGAUUUGAGCAAAUUUGGAGUUCAUUUCAUGGAUCAAGAAAUUAGUGUGUAUAAUAAUAAUAGUAGUAACAAUAAUAAUGGAAAUGAGUAUGGUCAUUUUUUGCCAAUUAUGCAAGGGGAAAGUAGUAGCAACAACAGCCAAAUGGUGGAGGUUGAGAAUUAUAACAUGGCCAAUUAUGAAGAUCCAAGGAGGGUUUUGUGUGGACUUGAAUUUUUAUAUGGAGAUCAUCAGAUAAUGAGUGGGAAUAAUGAUCAAAUGGGGUCUCUUCAAAUUUCUUCUUCUUGCCUUCCAAAUUAUGAAGAAAUGUUGCUGCAAGAUGUGUCAGCUACUACUACAACUCAAGAAUAUGAAGCUAAGUUUGAUGAUUUGAGGAUAUUAGAUCAUAACAAUGCAUUAUGAUCAUGAUGGAGCUAGGACAUGAUGUAAAGUUAAAUAAAAAUAGACUCUUUUUAGCAAUAGAGUGAAUUUGGAGGCUGGGGUUUGGAUUUUCCUUUGAUUUAGACAAUAAUUUUAGGGGGAAGAAACAUAAAUAUUGUUAUGUUUGGUUUUUUCUUUUCUUUUUUUAUUGUUGGUUGGAAACUGAUUAAUUAUGACUAUAUAUAAGUAUAUCCUGUCUUUUAAUU